AAACAUUUAAAUGAACCUAUUUCCGUUUUGAUUUUAUAGCACAAACAGUGAUAAGUCGCUAUUCAAGUUCAUCGAUGUUAUAUUUGGAAAUCCUUCAUAAUUUGGCCUAAUUUAAAUACAGAUACUUUUAACUCUGAAGGUAGGCUAAUUAGAUAUUAAACAGAAGCCUGUAUAACUAUUUCCUUUGAAGAAACAGCAUCUACACAUGAGAGUACAACGAUUCGCCAGAAGAUGGAAGAGGUCGCUGGAAAAGAACAAGAAGCCAAAGAUUUAGCAGCUGUGUCAGUUGGAAGUCCAGCUCCAGAAAGUGGGUCCAAAACUGUAGUCAGAAGUCUUCCAUUUGAAAAGCACUUCCUGGACGAAUUUAACGAUGACAGUAUGCCGAGUCCUAUACGUCCAUCCAAAGUACAUACGCCAUCAUCAAAGACUCUGGGGCAUCCGACAUUCAUGUCUAGUCCUAGCCCUGCUCACAAGAUGCCAGGCAGUGGAACAAGGAGUGAACUGUACCUUAAGACAGUGAUGUCUUCUCCAUAUCAACACAGGGGCUACACUCCAAUGUCAGUAACACCAGCUGGACUCAGUCCAAUGUUCCAUACACCAAUCAGGACAACCAAUAAUAGUCCAGCUCAUCUAAGGACCCCACAGACAAACAGACUUCCCCCAGGAUUCCCUCAGCUUACUCCAAAGGGGGAAAUUAUCACAAAUCCUUUCGAUAACGGAAUAUAUGAUGAGCUUGGAGGACCAAUUUUCAUGAGUCCUGGAGUUUUUAAUGUUCAAGCAACUCCAGACAGUGAGGAAAAGAAACUGUUCAGCUGGGCCAUUGAGCAUAUAGCAGAGCUAAAUCCUGCAGAUAUUGAAGAGAACCCGAAACAGCAGGCUGCUCACUCUAUACCUGAUCGUGAGACAGAAGCGAGAGUACAGCAGGCUAUAGAGAAAUAUUUCUCCAGUAACCUGGUAGCUCCCUCUCCGUGGACAGACCCAAAGGCGCCUGUCGUUAAGACCACACCAAACUCUGAUGAGCGCUUGCCGAAGGCUUGUUUAGAGCCAGAUCUUCAGGGCUCCAUUCAGAGGCAGCUUCCACAGAAAUCCAUAAGAACACAGGAAGUUGGAUGUCAAACCACACUGACGCUGCCUAUUGAUUUUGACAUCAAUAAAGUUUUAGGACAGUACAUGACCUAUGAACUAAGUGAUGAAAAUAACCAGGAAAUGCUGAGUACUUCCUCCCUCCGUCGUAAGCUCUUCUUCCAGGCAGACACCAGCAGUCUGGCUCCCAGUCCAGUCAAGGCGGGGCCAUUUGAAGGUGACCACAGUUUGGUAGACAUCGGUGCUUCUCCUCGAGUAUUACCUGUCAAGUAUGCCAAAGUGCCGGACAGUAGGGAUCAAGCCACGCCCCUGAAGUCUCCAUCAAGGAGCCAGUUUUCAUCUAGUCCAAUCAAAAAGGGUAAAGGUUUGCCUUUACCAAAGCUUAGUCCUACUUCUCCUGUCGAGGACUUCUCAGACACAGAGUUAUCUCCCAUCAUACGGGGUCACCAAAGUCGUAUCUCAAAAUCAAGGUCAUCAGAAUGUUUUGUUCCCCAUGAAGGUAGCUUUGUUGAGGACGACAUAUUUUCUGGAGUUGAGAGAAAAGCUUUAUUCACACAAGAUCUUCCUUUGAGCCCUGAAAUUUCCCCCAUAAAAGGUCAAAUUAACUGGGAUGUUUCUCCAGAGGAAGGUCGACAUCCAUCUCGAACGUCUUUAGAAAGUCCGGGUAUUUCUCCUAUAAGAUCAGACUCGCCAUACAGUGAGGAAAAUAAUGAUGGUUCUUUUCUACAGUACAACCAAGGUUUCACUUCUGAAGAGGAGGAUGAUGUUGUCACUCCAGUGGCCAGCAAAGAAUGUUCUGUGAAGAAAAAGAGUGUGUCAAAUCGCAAAGUCUCUCACCUUAGUCGGCAUAAACACCGAACUAGCCUGUUUCAGGAGGAUCUAGAUAACACACCAAUGGACUUCGACUCUGUACCGCCAAUCAAGAAUCUGAGAUUUGCCGAUGAUAUAAAGACAUCUAGUUUACUUGCAACGACCAAAGACUUUUCGAUGGCAGAGAUGGAUUUCAGUCAGGACAACAAUGCAGGAUAUUCAACCAAUCAGGACACAGGAUAUCAAACUGCAAGUCUGCAGUCAACCAAUCAGGAGACUGGCCUGCAUACAAAUUUGACAUCUCAGUUUAAUUCUCUGCCAUUCAAUACUACAAACCAGGACACAGGGUGUCCCCGUGAGAACAAUUCCUGUCCUAGUACUUCCCAAGAGCUCAACACGCAGGACGAUCCACUUGCUGGUUUAUCCGUGGACGAUAGUGCAUUUAUGUCCCAUGAAAAUGUCACUGGUGCUGAUGCAGACAGUAGCAACAAAGACGUGGUUCAACAGUUAUUGGAUCUCACAAACUUAGACAAAUUUGAACAAGAAGAUGAGAUUUUAGAUAGGGCGAGACGAGCUUUGUCGAUGGCUAACAGACUACUGCCAGGUCAAGACAUGGCUGUAACUAUUGGCGAUGGCUUCCCGCAAAAAGGACUGCAGAUACUCCAUGAACUAGAGCCAUUAGUGUCAACUGUUGAAACAUCAGUGUAUACACGAGUUAAAUCAUCAACAGGUUCAGAUACAGUGUCUGCUAGUGAAAAAGCUCUUGCCAUUUUACGCCGAGCUGGUGAAGAUCUUGCCAAAAUUGGAGGCUUUUUAGACCAAAAGCCAUAAAGAAGGAAGAGGUCUACAUCAAAUCUUAAUACAAGAAAUCUUGGCUGUGUUUUGAAAGUUCUGUUGUGUGCCAAAAAGAAACAUAAGGAUGUCUCAUAUGGAGAUGGAUUUUUCUGGGAAACUGUACAUGUAAUGAUAUAUUGCAGUUGACACUAAUCAUGAUUUUAAUGAAAAAAUAAAUACCAGGUAAUGUCAAGACAAAAAGCUACCUGAAGCUUUGACACAAACUAUCUCAAUGUCAAAAUUGUGAAUGAAAUCAAAGAAAAAGACCCAAAAAUUGAAGUGGCUUUGUGAACAAUGAUAAUUUAUGAAUUAAUGGCAUACCUCAUGAACUUACAAUUACAUUUAGACUUUAAUGGCACCUGCCACGUAGUGCCUGUGAGUUUAUGGUGUGGGACAGCAAUGUAAGGUUGUGAAUUUUGGUCAGCAGAUACAUGGCAUAUAACGUUUCCUCUUAUAAAUGACCUUGGCCUACUUUCCAGGGGUUCAAAAAAGUUAAAUACUGUACGCAACAUUCUCUAAAUAGCCAUAAGGUCCAUUCGUAGACCAGUAGUACAAAGCUCUUCGUAGUCCAAUCAUAUAUUAAACAUUAUAUUAUGCUUACUUGGCAUGAAGAAAAUGGCACAAAUAUGUUAGCAAGGUUAUCGUUUGGAUCUGCAUGGCCCUGCUGGCUGGAAUUUCUGGUCAUUACAUUGAGAUUAUCCAAACCCUACAUAACCAUACACAGAUUUGCUACGAAGUAUACUUGGGUUCGAGAAUAGAGGAAAUAAGGAAAUAUCAGAAUUAUAUACUUUUGAAGGGAAUAUUUUGCCAUGAUUGCUUAAAUUCUCUUAACAUGAAAUUUUUCACAUGAGGAAAUAUUCACAUUGUGACUCUUUAAACUGAUCGAGGUGUGAAUAAUUUUGUUUUGGGCAAUAGUUCCGAAAUCCAUUUAUUCUAUUUAUCUAUAAUCUAUAAAUAAAUAAUUGUGUGUGGAUUUUUUGGUGCUCAUUUACUCAACACAUUAAAAAGUUGACCAUUACAGCAAUGCAAAAAUGUCCACUUUAAUAGUAUCCAGAUGAGCAAUUAGGGUCCUCUGUGCCUUUUGUUUUCUGAGCAUCGUAUAUGUCCCCAUUAAUACAUGUAAAUGAUGUAGAUUAAAGCACAGAAAUUGCU